AUGCCGCCGGAACCCCUCCCGCGCAUGCACGUUGCUCACAUGCACCUCCACAUACGGCACCCCCACGCCCCAGCAGCGCGUCCCGCACCGCCACGAUUGUCUGAAAGUGGUGGUGGUGGGGUUGUGGCCGGCGGCGGCUUGGAUGCGGUCGAUUAUGGCGCCUUCGUGGUUGGAUUGGAAGGUCGAGAGGGUCGCGCCGAGGGAGGUGGCUUGCGUGCGGGCGAGGGCUUCGACGUCGGCGAGGGUGGUGUGUCCGUAGAUGUGUGGCUCGCGCGUGCCGAGGAGGUUGAGGUUGGGGCCGUUGAUGAGGAGGGUGGGGGGGAAAGUGGGUUCGUGUUAUGGUUGUGGGCGAUGAUGACUCAAAUGCUUGAGGCUCAAAAGAAUUAUUAUGAGAAAAAGCUAGCUGAGAAAUCGACAAAGCGACAGAAGACCACGUUUGAGAAAGUUCCAGAGCUCAAGAAAAAGGAGGACUUCUUGACAUGGCGUGACAAGUUGCUCACGUCACUGAAGAGCGCAGGGCUGGAAGCCCACAUCCUUACCGGCGUGCCGGAACCGGCGGACGACGACGAGAAGCGCCAGUGGCGAUACGACCGGAUCGACGUUGACAACCUCAUCCAGAGCACAAUUGCGGAUAUCAACGUGUGGACCUUGUUGCGAGGACAAGGCUGGAAGGUUACCGACCAGGAUCCGAAAUCGACAUUUGACCAUCUGACACAGCACUUCGAUAAGUACACCCACAAAGCGACAUACGACAUUGCACGAGAGUUUUUCAAUAUCAGGCGUGGCGACUAUGACAAGUUCACCACAUUUCAGAUUCGGCUCAACUAUCUGUAUCAGCGGAUAAAUGAGACUGAUUACAAGAUGCAAGAGUCAGCGGCAACCUUGAACGCCAUCCAGGCGAUUUCCGACGCCUACCCGGAUCUGUAUACCAGGUCGAUGACGAAUCUUCGAAACAACAAGUUGUCGUGGGCGGAUUUGAUGCUGGAAUUCAACGAACUGGCAUCCCAGGAGGCGACCCAGCCGGCAUUGAGCAACGUCAAAUACGGCAAGGAUAAGACGAAGAGGGCAGAAGGAGAUGCCACAUCGUCGUCGUCAAACACUCGGUCGACUUCGAUGACCAACAAGAAUAACGAGAGACAGAACUCCUGGAAGUCGAAAAACCAGAGGGUUGACUGCAAGGAAUGCGACAAGGACAUUUACACUGGACAGGAGCAUUGCGGAGGCUGUGGCUUCCACUACCCGAAGGCAUCAAUCUGCUGGUGGUGCAAUCCGGAACAGGCCCCGGAAAACUGGCCGAAGAGAGACAGUGCCCUCAAGGCGAAGGCAACGAAAACCUCCUCGUCGACAUCGACAUCAUUGACUAAAUCGUCGUCGGCAUCUUCGUCGACAACGGGCCCUCUUCAUCAACAGUCUGGUGUGGCGAACCAGUCUCGCCCGAUGAAUCUCCUGUUUACAAGCAACCAUCCGGACAUGAACAUGAUGAACAUGGCACCGCAUUUUUGGGGAGGCCCGUGGCGCAAUUGA